UGUCCCAACUGCCCAGGGUGAAUUUUAAGACAGUCAGUGGAAAAAAGCAGAGCCAGGGAUGGUAUGCUGGUCAGAUAACCUAACAACGUCGCAAUACUUGAAGAGCCAACACCAAAAGAUCGCGGGUUGAAGCCGACGCUGUGAGUCGGAUGGGCUAGGAGGUGAAGACCCCGUGAUUAUAAUCUGGACCAAGCCUAUCUUUACAAUGUUAACUUCAACACAGACUGAUUUUCUAGCUUCACUUAACCAAUUGAGAACCGAUUUGGAGAAUCAAGUCGCAACAUUAAAAGAAUCACUCAUCAACCAACCUAACAACCAAUUUGAGGAGAUAGUUGCUGAAGUGGUGGAGAGAGAAAAACGCAAGAAUAAUCUAAUCAUCUUUGGAGUGCCGGAACAGUCUAGUUUCCUCAACAAUAGUCAACCCGCUGAUUUAGAUCAAUCUGCUAGACUAGGAAGAUUUUUGCCUCACAAGUUUAUACGUGAAGCCAAGAAGCUUAAGGGUAAUCCAAGUUUCGGUGCUAUUUCUUUAUCUUUUGACCGUACUACGAAACAAAUUGAAGCUGAAACACCAACCCGAUGCUAGGAUUGCAACUGGUGAAAGGAUCUGAAAAUACGAUAUGUGAAGGGUUCACCGAAAAUUGUUUCUUUAAACUGAAGAAUACACCCAGUAACAACAAACUUAAUACACUUCGCUGCUUCUAUCAGAAUCUCAGAGGACUACGAUCCAAAGUUAAUGAUUUCUAUAAUUGUAUUUGUUCACAGAAUGAUUUUGAUACAAUAGUGUUAAGUGAA